UUUUUUUUUUUUUUAUUUGCGUUGAAGUAUAUUUAUUCCCUGUAACUCUUGGUUCUUGUGACGUUGUUUAUCCUAGAGUUAAUCUUUAUAGUUUAUUGCUUCAGCCUAUAGGUUUUGGACUUGUUGUAUCUUCUGUAUUUCUUGAAGUUGGAAAUGGAACUGGAUGGACACUGUAUCCUCCUCUGUCCACUUCAAUUGCUAGCGCUGGAAUUGAUUUUAUUAUAUUUGGUCUUUUAUCUGCUGGAAUAGCAAGUACACUAAGUAGCGUAAAUUUUAUAACAACUUUUACUUCUAUUAAGGUUAUUGGAUUUGUUAUAGAUAGAAUUCUGCCUAUUGCUUGGUCAAUUGUUUUAACUUCUUUCUUAUUGCUUUUAUCUUUGCCUGUCGUUACUGCUGUAUUUUUGAUGGUAUUUUUCGACAGACAUUAUAAUACUAUGUUUUUUGAAUCUUCUAAUUCUGGAGAUCCUGUAUUAUAUCAACAUUUAUUUUGGUUUUUUGGACAUCCAGAAGUAUAUAUAAUGAUACUGCCUGGAUUUGGUGUAAUAAGUUUAAUGCUAUCUACUUUUGCUACUAAAGAAAUGUUUGGAAAUCAAACUAUGAUUUUAGCGAUGGGUUCUAUAGCUUUGUUAGGAUGUUUAGUUUGGGGACAUCAUAUGUACACUUCUGGAUUAGAAGCAGACACUAGAGGUUAUUUCACUACAGUUACAAUACUUAUUUCUUUACCAACUGGAAAUAAAGUAUUUAAUUGGGUAACAACUUUACAAGGUGCAACUACAGUUAGAAAUAUUGGAGUUGUGGUUUUCGGAUUUUUAUUUGUUAUAAAUUUUGUAAUUGGAGGAACAACUGGAGUUGUUUUAGGUAAUGCUGGUGUUGAUAUAGCUUUACAUGAUACUGUAUAUGUUGUUGGACAUUUUCAUUUUGUAUUGUCAAUAGGAGCUAUAACAUCAUUGCUAUGUUACAUAAUGUAUAUUCAAAGAAUGUUAUAUGGUGUUAUAUUUAAAAAUAAAGUUAUUCUUAUAAUGGCCCCAAUAUUUAUGUCAGCUGUUAUGUGUACAUUCUUUCCAAUGCAUUUCGCAGGAUUUGCUCCUUUUCCUAGAAGAAUACCAGAUUAUCCUGAUGGAAUAUGGGGAUGGAAUUUUAUAUGUACUAUUGGAGCUACUAUGAUGUUGAUAUUAAAAUUUGCAAUUAUAAUGGCAAUAUCAUUAUAA